AUGAAAGCUAAGCCAUUGAGUCAAGAUCCGGGAUCCAAGCGUUACGCCUACCGUGUCAACAAGGAAGAAAACCGUAAAGAGCUAAAGCAUGUUAGAAUCGAUGAGAAGGACGCUGGUGAUAAAGGAAAGAAACUUGAUCUUCCCAAGAAAAAAUUUUACCGUCAAAGAGCUCAUUCGAACCCAUUCUCAGAUCACCAGUUGGAAUACCCAUCAUGUCCCGACGAUAUGGACUGGUCGAGAUUGUAUCCACACUUUUACGAUAAAGAGAACAAAAAAAUGACCAAGGAGGUCACAAUCGCAGAUAUUGGAUGUGGAUUUGGCGGUUUGCUGAUUGACCUUUCUCCUGAGUUUCCUGAUGACCUGAUUCUGGGUAUGGAGAUCCGUGUUCAAGUUACCAACUACGUGGAAGACAGAAUAAUUGCCUUGAGAAACAACCAUGCCAAGAAAAUGGCUUACCAAAAUAUCAACGUUCUAAGAGGCAACGCGAUGAAAUUUAUACCAAACUUCUUCCUCAAGGGACAAUUGUCGAAGAUGUUCUUCUGCUUUCCGGAUCCGCAUUUCAAACAGAGAAAGCACAAGGCUAGAAUUAUCACCAAUACUCUGUUGAGUGAAUACGCCUACGUUUUAAAGGAAGGCGGUGUCGUGUACACUAUUACCGAUGUGGAAGAUCUUCAUAAUUGGAUGGUCAAACAUCUCGAGGAACAUCCGUUGUUCGAAAGAUUGAGUGAAUCAUGGGAAAAUGAAGACAAAUGUGUAACCAUAAUGAGAAAUGCCACUGAGGAAGGUAAGAAGGUGGAAAGAAAGAAAGGUGACAAGUUUAUUGCAUGUUUCAAGAGACUUCCUACCCCAAGCAUAGCAUAA